AAUUUUCCAAAAAUCUUGGCUAUGCCACAGAGUUGUGCUUACUAAUUGGAAUACCAUUGCAACCUUUUAAGAGUUAGCAAAAAUUGUUCAGAGAGUGCUGAUAGAUGAUUGAAUUUGAACUACUUCUUGAAAGAGUUACAGACCGUAUUUUUAGUGAUUCUCCAAUUAGACAAUUUUCUGACCUCUAAAAUUAGGGACUGUUGCGUUGACUUUAUUAUGUGGUAUCCUAGUAAAAAUGUAGCCACCUAGCCUUGAUUCCAAAACAAUGUAUUUUGAGAGGCCUGUAAUCGAGGCUAGCAGAGUAACCUCGUCCUAUAUCUCCAAUUAGAUGCGACCAGGGCGACACCCACAACUAAAGGAACCUCCCGUGUUGACACAUUUAUGAGCACACUCGUUCAUGUCUGUGUAAAGAGAUAAGCUCAUGUACUGUGACAAUUGUAAGGACACGGACUCCUGGACUAUUGAACUAUGCAUGACAUCAUUAGAGAUCAUGUGAUAAACUAGUGCUCCUAUCUAGAAAGUUGUGUUGCUAUCGAGUUGCUAUAUUCUAUGCUAUCACUGUUUGCUCUUAAUAUAAAAGACUCAAGGUGUUAUUAUCAAACCUACAUGGCGCUGUGAACAACCCGCUACAUAAAUAGCGUUGAAAGAACCGAAAUAAAAUCAGGAUCAGCAAAUAUGGCAUAUACAUUUCGUACCAGUGACCUACCGAAACUGGACUUCGAUACAGAUAAAGGGACAGACUUCCUUGCCUGGCAACAACAGUGGCUUGCCUAUAGAGAACUAUCUGGCCUUGGCAACGAGUCAGCGGCAAAACAGGUACAAGCACUCAAACUUUGUUUCUCAAGAGAGACCCUCACUGUGGUAGACAAUCUAGGACUAACUGAUGCCCAGAAGAAUGACCAAGCACUGAUAAUUGCAGCAAUGAAGCAACAUGUCGAAGGGCAGAUCAAUGAAACAAUCGAGAGAAGAAACCUAUACGACAGCGACAUCAACUCACUGGCGAAACCUUCGACGACUUCCUAGUGUCACUACGUGACCUUGCAAAAACUUGUAACUUUUGUAACAACGAAUGCCUCAAACGAGCAAUCAGAGACCAAAUUAUCGAAGGUCUACAAGAUGGCGACACUAUACAAGAACUCCUACGAGCUAGUGACCUCACGCUAGAUCAAGCUGUAACAAAGUGUCGUGGUAUGGAAGCAGUAAAGAAGUCCCGCUCACAGAUCCAGGGUGCAACCGAACUUUGCGCACUACAAACACGACAAACACGACAUCAACCUGCCACCCCGGCCAGUACAUGCCAUUGGUGUGGUAAAAAUCAACACGAUGGAGGCAGAAAGAAUUGCCCAGCCCAGGGACAAACUUGCCGCAACUGUGGCAAAGUUGGCCACUUCAGUACGGUUUGCAGACAGCCACAUCCUUCUGGAAAAAAACCAGCCAUAUCCCCGAGGGCCAACACACUGCGCACUUCGGAACUCCCAUUCCUGCAACUAUCCAACGCAAACGCUGGAUCCAUCACACCAGCCCCGACGAUUCGAAUGAAAGUGACUACCUGCCAUGGAGAAACUUACACUAGUGUCCUUCCUGACUCGGGAGCAGACAAUUGCGCAGCAGGGCCAGACUUAGUACAUGCCCUCAACGAGGACAUAGAUAAUCUGGCAGAUUCCAACGUCACACCAAAAGCAGUCAACGGCUCACUAUUACAUCCAGCAGGAAAGCUACCCGGAGUCCAAUUCCAGAUCAACGGCCAGGACACCGAAGCAGACAUUCACAUCUAUAAAUCAGUCUCAGGCACCAUCAUAUCAUGGGCCACAGCACAGAAACUCGGCAUCCUACCUAACUGUUACCCUAACCCGAUGCCCUCUGUCCAAACGAUCGAAUCUACGACAAUCGAAUCUACCGAAACAAUCGGAUCCACGAAGGUCGAAACAAUCGAAUCCACGAAAGUCGAAACAAUUGAACCUACGAAUGUUCCAUCUAUGCUACCCACAGCGGAACAAUUCAUGUUGGAAUUUUCACCCGUCUUCGACGAACAAAUUCGUACCAUGCCAGAAGAACAGUUCCAUAUCUCCAUCACUGACGACGCUAAACCGUUCUGCGUGAGCACACCACGCACCAUCCCACUGGCAUACAGAGAGAAACUGAAAGCUGAGAUCGACUUGCUCGUCGAUCAAAAAAUCAUAGCUCUGACUGGUGCGCACCCAUUGUUGUGGCACCAAAGAAGAACUCCGACAAAAUACGCAUGUGCGUAGACCUAUCGA